AUUUUAUAGAAGGUUUAUCGGUUCUAGGCGACGUAUUCGUGCUGUUUCGGACUGUACCAUUUGUCGUCGAAUCCAGACGUGCAGAAAAAAAUGUUCAUUGAGGCACAAGCUCUACUUCCGGACAACAACACGCCGGUCACCUAUGGAAUUUUGGAGCGAGCCGUGUACGCGAAAGCGGUCGUCAAAGAGAUGUUCCGGAUGAAUCCGAUAUCGGUAGGCGUCGGCCGGAUACUACCAGAGGAGUGCGUGUUUUCGGGAUACAGAGUCCCGGCAGGAUCGGUCGUGGUCACGCAAAACCAGGUGAGCUGCCGUCGGGAGGAAUACUUCCGGCGACCCGACGAAUUUGUGCCGGAGAGAUGGCUAAAAGACAGCGUCGAUUACCAGUCAGUUAGUCCGUAUUUGGUCUUACCUUUUGGUCACGGACCAAGGACGUGUAUAGCGAGACGUCUGUCAGAACAAUUCCUGCAGGUCGUGCUCAUAAAAAUUGUCAGGAACUUUGAAAUGACUUGGACAGGACCAAAGUUGGACAGUAAAUCUUUAUUGAUAAACAAACCGGACGGACCGAUAUCUUUAAUAUUCAAGACCAGAGACUGAACAAUAUCAUAUUAAUUUUAAGUACUUCACUUAAUAUAAGAAUAUAAUAUAGCUUAAUAACAAAUUAUAAUUUAUAAUAAAAUAUAAUAAACUUGUAACUUUAAAA